GGGGGGGCCGGGGACCGGGACCCGUGCGCGGCUGCCGCCGCCGCUGCUGCCCCGAGCGGGCGGGGGACACGGGGUCGCUGGUGGGGCAGCGCUCAGGGUGCCCUCCCCGGGCCGGCGUGAUGGGCUGUGGGCACCCUGCUCCUGGCAGAGCCCAUCCCUGCGGGGCAGCCACGGCGGGGGGCUGCAGCCGUGUCUGCGGGGGUCGCCAGGCAUGGCUGGGAGGCUGCGGUGGGGCAAGAUCCGGCCCGUUAACCCGCCGCACUGGGCGUGACGGUGCUACCGGUGGGGCUGGUCGGGCAAGCACGGGAGCGCGCCGGGGGAUGCGGGGUGUGGCCAGAGGGGCCGGGUGUGCUGGGGGAUGCGGGGUGUGCCUGGGGAGCCGGGGGGUGCCAGGCAAGGCCCGGGCAGGGGUGUUGCUGUGUCUCUGCCGGGGUGAUGCCUGGUGCCCGCUCUACGCCAGGACAAUGCCUGGUGUGUGACGGGAUGCUGUGUAUGGUGUGUGCCGGAGCACCGCCCGCUGUGCUGCCAGGGCAGUGCCAGGGCAGUGCCAGUGGCUGCUCCGUGCCGGGAUGGUGCCUCCUGGAUGCCAGGACAGCCCGCGGUGUGUGCCCAGGUGGUGCCCCGAUGAUGCCCAGCGUGUGCCGUGCUCGGUCCGUGCCAGGACCACGCCCGGUGUGUGCCGGGGUGGUGCCGUGUGCCAGCGCUCUCCGGGUGUGUGCCAUGACCCCCUCCCUCCGCAGGAACUGGUGUGCCUACGUGGUGACACGCAGCGUGAGCUGCGUGGUGGAGGAUGGCGUCGAGAGCUUCAUCAAGCCAGACUACCAGCCCUGCGCCUGGGGGCAGCUCCAGUGCCCCCGAGUCCUGGCGUACCGCAGCUUCCUCCGGCCCCGCUACAAGGUGUCCCAGCGCACGGUGUCCGAGCUGGCCUGGCGCUGCUGCCAGGGCUACUCGGGGCCGGACUGCAGCGAGGGGCCCGCCCCAGCAUCCCCCCAGCCCACCGGCCGCCCCCCGCCCCGGCCCGGCCGCCCCACGCUCUCUGGCUUCGGCAACCCCCUCAGUGGCCUGGGGGGCGAAGGCGGCGGAGACUCGGAGAAGGUGCGGCGGCUGGAGGAGCAGGUGCGGCGGCUGAGCGAGCAGCUGGAGGAGCUGCGGGCCGGGCAGGAGCCGCCGCGGGCGGCUGUGGAGGGGCAGCCCGGGGGCGAGCAGCCGGCUGACGCGGCCGCCCCCGCCGAAGUGCGGGAGGCGCUGAGCCACCUUCAGCGGCGCCUGGAGGAGCUGGAGACCCGCCUGCACCGCGCCGAGGGCGGCCGGGACGGCCCAGGGGCUCCGGGGGGCCCGGGGACGGCGGCGCUGCACGAGCUGGAGCAGCGGCUGCAGGAGCUGUGCGCUGCCUGCACCACCGGCACCGAGGGGCUGCGGCGGCAGGCGGCCGAGGACCGCGAGCGGAUGCGGGCGCUGGAGAAGCUGGUGGGCUCGGUGGACAAGCGCAACAGGGAUGCGGUGGAGUCGGUGCAGAGGCACAUCAGCAGCCUGAGCAGCCGCCUGGCCCCCGUCCCGGCGGCUCCCCCGUCCCCGGACGUGCUCCGUCGCCUGGCCGAGCUAGAGCGGCGGCUGGAGGGGCUGCCGGUGCCGGCAGCGGGGCCGGGGCAGGGACCGGUGCUGGCGCGGCGGCUGGCCGAGCUGGAGGGGCGGCUGAACGCUUCGCACGCCGGCCCGUGGCCCUCCGAGCCCGAGGGGCGGCCGGCUGGGCUGCCGGGGCGCCUGGCCAACCUCAGCCGGGCCGUGGAGGGGCUGGCGGCGAGCGGGGCACAGCGCGGCGCCCGCCUGGACCAGCUCGAGGGGCUGCUGGCCCGCUGCGGCCCCCCGUGCCCGGGGCAGGACGGGGCGCUCGGCCCGCACCUCCGGCAGCCAGGGGACACCGAGGGUCUCUGGGAGGACGGGCUGACCGGGACCCUGGGAGUGCUGCAGGGGGAGGCGCUGGCCGAGGAGCUGGAGCAGCUCCGCAACCGGACAGGGCGGCUGGAGGCGGCCCUGGAGGAGCUGGGCGGCGACCCCUGCGCCCGGCCCUGCGCCUCGCCGCCCCCCGGGGAGCCGGAGCAGCCCCCGGCCGGCCCCGCGGAGCCGGAGGAGCCGGAGGCACCGCUGGAGGGCUUCGGCAUCUUCGGGGGCCCGUCCCCGUCGGAGCUGCGGGUGCUGCGGGGGGAGCUGACGGCGGCGCUGGCGGCCCUGAGCGGGCUCAACGCCACGGUGGAGGGGCUGCAGGACGCGCUGGAGGAGCAGGACGCCCGGCAGCGCCAGCUGAGCGCCGCCACCGACCGCGUGGUGGCCGAGCUGGACCGGGCGGCGGCGGCGGCGGCGGCGCGACAGGCGGAGAGCGAGGAGCGGCUGGAGGCGCUGGCGCGGGAGCUGUCGCGGGCCGGGGGCUGCCCCGCGGGGCUGGAGCCACGCGUGGCCAAGCUGGAGGGGGUCUGCGAGCAGCUGGAGGCGGUGGCCGGGGGGCUGCGGGGCGUCCGCGAGGGGCUGGGCCGGCACGUGGCCGGGCUGUGGGGCGCCGUGCGGGACCUGAACGCCACGGCCCGCGGGCAGGCCGCGCUGCUGGACAAGGCGCUGGAGCUGCCGGCCCGGCUCGGUGCCCUCAACGCCAGCCUGGGCCACCUGCGCGGGGAGCUGCAGCGCCUGGCACGGCUGGAGAGACACGGCCCCCCCGGCCCCCCUGGACCUGCUGGCCCCAUGGGCGAGACAGGCCCUUCUGGCCCCGCUGGGCCCCCGGGCAAGGAUGGAGAACAGGGUCCCAUGGGCCCCCCCGGGCUGCCCGGAGAGAGAGGCGCGGUCGGGGAGCCGGGCUCGGUGCCCCGCGUCGCCUUCUCGGCCGCCCUGGGCACGCAGCGCACGGAGCCGGGCACCGUCCCCUUCGACCAGGUGCUGCUCAACGACGGCGGCGCCUACGACCCCGAGACAGGCACGUUCACGGCGCCGGUGCCCGGGCGCUACCUGGUGAGCGCGGUGCUCACGGGGCACCGGGGCGAGGCGCUGGAGGCCGUCCUGUCCCGCUCCGGCCACGGCAUCGCCCGCCUGGACUCGGCCGGCUUCCAGCCCGAGGGGCUGGAGAAGGGGCCGGUGGCGGCGCGGGGCCCCAGCCCCGGUGCCCUCGGCGUGUUCAGCCUGCUGCUGCCGCUGGCGGCCGGCGAGACGCUCUGCGUGGACCUGGUGUCGGGGCGCCUGGCGCACGCCCCCGACGAGCCCCUCACCACCUUCAGCGCCGCGCUGCUCUACGACUCCGAGGAGCCCUAGAGCCGCCGGGGGCACGGCCGGCCCCGCCGGGACCCCCGCCCCACCCCGUUAUU